AUGGGUGUUUCCGAGCUUGACAGGGUCCCAGAGACUUCCUCGUCCUCGUCCUCCACAACAGGGACGCCAAUUGGUAUUGUCACCGACGGCGAAUACAUCAAAGAAACUAAUCCCAUCACUUUCACCAGCACCGAUGAACGUCCCAUAUCCUAUCCCGAAGGCGGCACCACCGCCUGGCUCGUCGUCCUCGGCAGCUGGCUCGCCCUCUUCUCCUCCAUGGGCCUCAUGAACAGCAUCGGCGCCUUUCACGCGCACAUUCAGCGCGACCAGCUCUCGGGUGACAGCCCAUCCUCAGUGUCCUGGAUUUUCGGCCGGUUCCCGCCGAAGCCGCUGUCCAUGGCGCGGGCGCUCCCGGACCCGAUGAUCCUACGGAACCCGGCGCUGUGCUUGACGGCCAUGGGAGCCUUCUUCAUGGAAUGGGGGCUCUUCGUGCCUCUGUCCUACCUGAUCUUGUACGCGCUUGGCCAUGGGGCAAUCGUCGUCCUUCUCGUACAUGCUCCUUGCGCUCAUCAAUGCGGGUGCUGUGCCGGGCCGGGCCGCUGGGUGCCGGGAUACCUGUCCGACCGACUGGGGCGGUUCAACAUGCUCAUCGCUACGAUCCUCGGGUGCGACAUGUCCCUUGCCUGUCUUUGGCUCACGUCGGGAUCGAGCCCUGCCCUGCUUAUCGCCUUCGCGGUGGUGUUCGGCUUCUUCAGUGGCGACAAUGUGAGCCUGGCACCGGUGUGUAUCGGACAGCUGUGCACGAUUGAGUCGUAUGGACGAUACUAUUCGACGGCGAAUGUGUUGUACACACUGACUGGUAUUCCAAUUGCGGGAGAAAUCUUUGACCGGUCGCAGGGGAGCUUCCGGAACUUGAUCAUCUUUACCAUCGUCAGCUACGCAGCAAGCUUUAUCUGUCUUGUUAUUGCCAAAUUGUUGUGCUGCGGGAGGCGUGGGCUGUGGGCGAUAUUCUAA